AUGGGUGUGCCAGCAUUGUUUCGAUGGCUGUCAAAAAAGUACCCAAAGAUCGUGCAGAGUGUUGAGGAAGAAGAGCCAGGGCACAUGCCUGGCCCUGACGGCCACAUGGUUGACAUUCCCAUCGACAUAUCGCGGCCCAAUCCGAAUGGGGAGGAAUAUGACUGUUUGUAUCUAGAUAUGAACGGCAUCGUGCAUCCAUGUACGCAUCCUGAAGGCAAGCCUCCGCCGGAAACGGAGGAGGACAUGAUGAUCGAAGUGUUCAAGUACACGGACCGCGUCAUCAACAUGAUCAGGCCGCGAAAGUUUCUGAUGCUUGCGAUCGACGGGGUGGCACCGCGUGCAAAAAUGAAUCAGCAGCGCUCGCGUCGCUUUCGGUCCGCCCAGGACGCUAAAAUCUUACACGAACAGCGUGAGCAAGAGUUGGAAGAACGCAAGAAAAAAGGGCUCGCAGGUGAAGAAGAGGCUAUCCAAAAGUCAUGGGACUCGAACGUCAUCACUCCAGGUACACCUUUUAUGGAUCUGUUGGCUUCAUCGCUGCGAUACUGGAUUGCUCACAAGUUGAAUACCGAUCCUGGAUGGAAGAACUUGUGUGUCGUACUUUCCGAUGCCAGUGUGCCCGGAGAAGGCGAGCACAAGAUUAUGGACUAUAUUCGCAGAAAGCGCAGUGACCCAAAUCAUGACCCAAAUAUGCGCCAUGUCAUCUACGGACUCGAUGCCGACCUGAUCAUGCUCUCACUUGCAACGCAUGAACCGCACUUCAAGGUGCUCCGUGAGGAUGUAUUUGCUCAGGAUGCCAAGCACCGCGGAUGCCAUCGAUGCGGCCAAAAAGGACACAUUGCUGCCCACUGCCGUGGCGAAGCACGUAAAGAGGAUGCCAAGCCUCUGCAGAAAAAACCUUUUAUAUUCUUGGACGUGCCGACUCUACGUGAAUACUUGAACGUGGAAUUACAGACGCCGGGCAUUCCAUUUGCCUUUGAUUUGGAGCGGGCCAUUGACGACUGGGUGUUCUUGAUCUUUUUCGUGGGCAACGACUUUUUACCCCAUCUACCUAGUCUUGAGAUCCGCGAAGGUGCGAUUGAUACGCUGCUCAAAAUCUGGAAGCGUGAACUGCCAAACAUGAGUGGAUAUGUGACGAACAAUGGCAAGGUCGAAUUGGCCAAUGCGCAGUUCAUUCUUGAUGGCUUGGCACAGGCAGAAGAUGAUAUUUUCCGCAAGCGCAAAGAGGUCGAAGAUCGGCAGGAGGCCAACAAGCGCCGGCACACGUCUAACUACAGCGAAGCGCAACAUGGCGACACUACCUACGUUGGACAUGCCAAAGUGAUACCACCGCGACCUGUGGCACCACCAACGAUUGGACCCAGUAAAAGUGUGCCAGGCUCUCGGAACAAGGGUCCCAUCAUGCUAGAUGGAGACAAUGCCGACGUGGUCAAGAACCGUGCUCAGAUUCGCAUGGCAAAUAUUAGUGCCGCUGAGCAGCUGAAAAUGGAAUUGUCGCAAGGUCAAGGUAUAAAACGCACGUCUUCCCCGGUAGAGAAGGAGAGUAAACGUAUCAAGGCAGACCCUGAAGAAUCCGCCCCUGUCAAGGAAGAGGAUGUCUUAGGAGACGAUUCUAUCAAGGCCGAAGAGGAUGAUGACGACGAAGAAGUGCCGCCUGAGACCAAGAUGCUCGAGCGCAAAAUCAAUGCGGACGGCACGGUCGAGUACCAAGACACAGUCAAGCUGUGGGAGCCAGGGUAUCGUGAGCGCUACUACCGGCAAAAGUUUGGUGUCGAGCUGUCAGAUACCAAGUUUCGCCGUGAGGUCGUCCAGGCGUACGUGGAAGGACUGUGCUGGGUCCUCGCAUACUACUAUCAGGGCUGUCCGUCGUGGAAGUGGUAUUAUCCAUACCAUUACGCGCCUUUUGCGGCCGACUUUACCGACAUGCACACGAUGCAGAUUACCUUUGAAAAAGGCGAGCCUUUCCGACCUUUUGAACAGCUCAUGGGUGUGCUACCCGCAGCAAGCAAGAACAACUUGCCAAAGCCGUUCCAGUGGCUCAUGACCGACCCAGAGUCAGAGAUCCUUGAUUUCUACCCGGCCGAGUUUUUGGUCGACAUGAAUGGCAAAAAAAUGGCAUGGCAGGGCGUAGCUCUCUUGCCAUUUAUCGACGAGAAGCGAUUGUUGGAUGCAUUGCAUAAACGAUACGACCAGUUAACGGAUGAAGAAGUGCGUCGAAACUCGUUUGGACGUAAUGUACUUUUUGUGAGCGAUGAUGCCGACUUAUACCCCACACUGAGUCAGCUCUAUGCCAAGCGAAGUGACAAACGCGCUGUACAUAUUGAUACGGCGCGCAUUCCACAGAUGGCUGGCAGCCUUGCAGCUGAUACAACAUGUGUACCAGGUGCUACAUACUACUCGCCCUUGCACUCUUUGCCGGAUAUGCAAGAUAUCCCACACGAUCGCAGUAUCUCGGCGCACUACGAGUUUCCUGAACAACGUGUACCUCACCGAAGCGUGCUCUUGCAAGGUGUGCGGAUGCCGUCUCGACGUCUUACGCCAGCUGACCAAGACUGGAUUCGGCGUGGUGGACGUGGCCAGGGCGGCGGACGAGGCCGUGGUCGUAGAGAUGGGUGGAAUGACCAAGGUGUAUUGUAUGGCCGCGAUGCAAGACCUCCGAGCCAGAGUCCUUAUGGCGCGGGUCCCUAUGGAGGAGGGCCUUAUGGAGGCGGGCCCUAUGGAGGCGGUCCUUAUGGGGCUGCUUAUGGUAGUGGUCCCUAUGGUGCUGGUCCGUAUGGAGGCGGUGCUUACGGCGCUGGUCCGUAUGGUGCCGGUCCGUACGGAGGCGGUCCUCAUGGUGGAGGUCCUUACGGCACUGGCCCCUAUGGAGGCGGACCCUAUGGAGGCGGACCCUAUGGAGGCGGACCCUAUGGAGGCGGGCCCUAUGGAGGCGGUCCUUAUGGAGGUGGUCCUUAUGGAGGUGGUCCUUAUGGAGGCGGUCCUUAUGGCGCCGGCCCUUAUGGCGCUAGUGCUUAUGGAAGCAGCCCCUACGGUGCCGGCCCUUAUGCUGGAUCAGCGUACGGUUCAGCGUAUGGCCAGAACCAGACUGGCUAUGGAGCGCUGCCGUAUCGCGGAUAUGGAGCUCCGCGUGGCCGUUAA